AUGCCGGAGAACAAGGCAACAGUGUGCAGGACCAGCAGCUACCUGUCCCACCCUGCUUACAGGAAGAUCAAGCGGGUGCUGAGCUUCAGGAGGCGCGUGUUUGGCCAGCGGUUGGAGGAGACGGUUCUGUAUGAGCGGCGUUACGGCGUCCAUAUGGCACCUCUGGUGGUGGAGCAGUGUGUGGACUUCAUCCGGGAGCGGGGUCUUCUGGAGGUGGGGCUGUUCCGCCAGCCAGGCCAGGCCACGCUGGUCAAAGAGUUGCAGGACGCCUUCGAUGCUGGGGAGAAGCCCUCCUUUGACAGCAGUACAGACGUGCACACCGUGGCGUCGCUCCUGAAGCUGUAUCUGCGGGAGCUGCCAGAGCCACUGGUGCCCUUCUCCAGAUACCAGGACUUCCUGGUGUGUGGCAAGAACAUCUCCUCUGAGAGGAAGCAGGGUUUGAAAGAACUACAGCAUCUUCUUCAUGAACUUCCAGUGGCUAACUUUAACCUGCUAAAUUACAUCUGCCAGUUUUUGAACGAAGUCCAGUCCUAUUCCAGCAGCAACAAGAUGAGCACCCAGAACCUGGCUACUGUUUUCGGGCCUAACAUCCUACGACCCAAAGCUGAAGAUCCAGAGAGCAUCAUUGGAGGGGCAGCCGUGGUGCAGCAGCUCAUGUCUGAGCUGAUCAGGGAGCACCAGUGCCUUUUCUCCAGGGAGGGGGGAAACGUAGACGCCCCCGGUUCCUCACGACCAGAUUCUUACCCCUGUCAUAGAUGGAAAGGAGACCCAUUCGAGGGGGCACACACCCAGCCCACUGCCCAGGCCCAGUCGCAUGACUCCAGGCUGGGCAUAACAGCCGAACACCUCCUACAACAACAGCUAGCCCACCAUCCUUCCCCUUGCUCCCGCCAGCUCUCCCUGCCUCUGAUUGCUGAGAGGAGAGUGUCAGCCCAAAGCCCGUGUGAAAUCAGUUUAGCCCCACACCUGUUCAACACAGACCACCAGCAGCCAGCUGAGGGGUUCUCUCCAGUGAUCCCUGCUGUUGGGUCUCUAUACCACAGAUACACCCCGUCCCAGUCAGAGUCCCAGCCCCCUGAGACAGCACCCAGCCCCCACCUUCACUCUCACCCUGCCUCCUCACUCACAGCCUCUGCUUCCACUGUGACAAUACAGGCUGACCCAGACCACAGCAGCAUGCUGCCCAGUGCCUGGACAGGCCCAGAGGGUCCCAGCUGGGCUGCAAAGCAGGGGACUACUGGCACCAGUGGAAGCAGUGAGGCUCAGGACAGCACUCUGUCUGUCUAUGACAACUUGGACACACUCCAGCGCAUUGAUGAGGUGGCUGCUGAUGGUGGUGUGGGCAGCACUGCUGGUCCAGUGGAGGUGGAGAUGGAGGCGGGCACGGCAAGCGUGGCAGACACCAGCAGCUCAUGGUCCUUCUGUGAGAUUCUGCCCCUGGACGAUAGUGGGAGUGGUGUGGUCAGAGCUAGCCUAGGACGGAGGUCCACCAGGUUCCACUCCUUCAGGACUGACCCAGGAGAGGACCUCCAUUCUAACUCCCUAGCCUCCUCCUCUGUCCCUACUGAUGCCCCCCUGAGCACGGGCAGCUCGGAGGUCUUCCUGCCCUCUGACCCCCACGGCGCCCCGGCCUCCCAGGCCAUGUACUGUCUCCUGGCUGGCCUCAGACAAGAGAUGGCCAGGCAGAGGGCUGAGUUCGAGGCCAAGAUCCAGAGGUUUGAGCUGCGUAACGAGGCCCUCCAUGGGGAGGUUGUGGGACUGCGGGCCAGCCUGGCGCAGCAGCGCCGCUGGUACAGUGUGGCCGAAAUCAAGAUCCGCAAUGUGGAGCGUGCCCGGGCCGACGCCGACCGCCGCAACGCCACGCUGCAGAUGGAGAUGGAGCAGUUCUUCGACACCUUCGGCGAGCUGAGAGCUGAGGCCAGCAAGAGCGAGCGCAUCGUACAAAGCUUCUGA